GCGCCGAGCGAGGGGCGCGCGGUUAAGCGAGGCCGCCCGCGCGCGCGCGCACACGCGCUCCCUUUCGGUUCCAUGGCCGCGGCCGCGACGGCGUCCACCACGGCAACCACCUGCUCGUCCUCCGCCACCAGCCCCGGCCCGCACCGCAGGCGCCAGCUCAACGACAUCGAGCGCGACGCCGCCCCGCACGACGACUGCUCCUGCUGCGCCUCCUCCUCAUCGUCCUCCCCCUGCUGCUGCGGCGGCGGGGCCGGCGCCGACCACCACCACCUCCACCUCCACCACCACAACCACAGCGCCUGCUGCGCGCACGACGACGCCGAGUGCGGGGGCCUCCACGGCCACGCCCACGCGCCCUGCGGCGGGAGGCCGCUGCUGUUGGCGCGGAGGAAGCGCGCCGCGGCCGGCGCGCCGGGCCGGGCGGCCUGGAUGAGGGGCGUCGUGCUCUGCCUCCUCGGCCUCGUCGCGGUCAUCGGCUUCCUGGGCUCGCACCGGGGCGGCGGCGGCGGCGGCCGCGCGCCCACGGGCGGCGAUGGCGCCGACGACGGCGGCGGGGGGCUCGUGCACAAGGUGGAGGUGACCGACGCCGACGUCAUGGGCUGGACGGAGGAGAACCUCACGGCCAUCGCGCGCCGCCCGCCCGAACCGCCGGUACCUGAGAUAUGGAUGAAACCGGAAAGUGAGGGCUACAGGCAGUGCAUUGAACGCCCGAAAAAUCACCGCAGGGCUAACAAUGCAACCGUCGGCUACCUUAUCGUCGAUGCGAAUGGCGGCCUGAACCAGAUGCGAAUGGGAAUAAGUGAUAUGGUUGCAGUGGCGAAGAUCAUGAAUGCGUCGCUGGUGAUCCCUACUCUGGAUCAUCAGUCAUUCUGGACUGACCCAAGUGAUUUCAAAGACAUAUUCGACGUCGAUCGCUUCAAGGAGACAUUAAAGGAAGACAUUGUGAUUGUGGAUUCCCUUCCACCAGAUUUCAGAAGGGUGAAACCCUACGUGAGAGCACCCACCUCCUGGUCCAGGGCUUCCUUCUACAGAGACUUUGCGAAGAUCCUAAGGAAGUUCAAAGUGGUCAGGUUCACGCACACGGAUUCAAGGAUCGUGAACAACGGCCUUGCUCCUUCUCUGCAGAAACUAAGGUGCCGCGCGAAUUACAAGGCUCUCCAGUACAGGAAGGAGAUUGAAGCCCUUGGCAACACCUUGGUUGAUCGGCUGAGAAACGGAUCCGAGCAUUACAUCGCGCUUCACUUGAGAUAUGAGAAGGACAUGCUGGCGUUCACAGGGUGCAACCAUAACCUGACGCUGCACGAGGCGGCGGAGCUGACGGACAUGCGGCUCAAGGUGCGGCACUGGAAGGAGAAGGACAUCAACAGCGAGGAGAAGCGGCUGCAGGGCGGGUGCCCCAUGACGCCCCGCGAGGCGGCUGUGUUCCUCAAGGCCAUGGGCUACCCUGCCACCACGAAGAUCUACAUCGUGGCCGGCGAGAUCUACGGCGCGCACAGCCUGGACGCGCUCAAGGCCGAGUAUCCCAACAUCUACACGCACUACAGCCUCGCGACGGUGGAGGAGCUGGAGCCGCUGGAGCUGUACCAGAACAGGCUCGCCGCCGUCGACUACAUCGUCGCCCUGCAGAGCAACGUGUUCGUGUACACCUACGAUGGGAACAUGGCCAGGGCCGUGCAGGGGCACAGGAGAUUUGAAGGGUUCAGGAAAACCAUAAACCCUGACAGGCUGAAGUUUGUGGAGCUCAUUGACAAGCUUGAUGAAGGUUCCGUGACCUGGAGAGAGUUUCAAAUUGCAGUGAGGAAGCACCAUGAGAACAGACUCGGAGGUCCCUAUGACAGAUUACGUGGUGAAAGUCCAAGGCAGGAGGAGUACUUCUACUCAAAUCCGAUCCCCGGGUGCCUUUGUAAAAGGGUUCAGAGGAGUAGAGGUAGAUGAUAUAGUUUAUUCUCGAAUGGAAAUGGUUCAGUCUUGAAACAUGCCAGCAGCUGAAGCAUGGAUGACGACGAAGCUUCCUCCGCAUGGCAAAGAUCACCGGACAGGGGGGGAGCUAGAAAACAGAGAGAGGUCAUUUUUCCUAUGCUGACAACAGAUACAGCUGAAGACUUGAGAGGGCAGGGGGCCAAGAAGUUAGAAGUGCACGGCCAAAGAAAUGUUCAACCCAAGGGGAGACGAGAGGGCAUGAUGUACUUGAAGGGUUAAUGUACAAUCAAUCACAGGAUAAAUCUGGAUGAAUCGCAAAUGAUGCAUAGUGGGUGCUUGUAGUAGUUCA